AUGUUUAAACCAUUGGUAAUGGGCUCCCAUCACAGCCUUCCUCUCAUCCGAACCAUGACUCGGAUGGGGAGAAUUUUCAACACUCAAUCAUCAUCAGCCACAACAGUAUCAUCAGCUUGGCAUAUGGGAGGGAUAAUCACACUCAAUAACAAAAUUUCUAAUGUUGGUGUAAUUUCCAUGAUGAUUAUGAAUCAUGAACAGAUGAGAGGAAUGAAAACAAAUCCGAAUGCUGGUAAGACUCAAAAGGGUCAAUCGAUAAAAACUCGCCAAAAACCUAGUGUUACACAUUUGGAAGGAAUUGGAGAGCCUUACGUUCCUGAACUCUAUAAAACUCAAAACCCUCCAUCAGGAAUGAAAGAAUCCCUGGCUACGAUAUGGUUUCAAUUCAGAAAGUAUUUAAGUAAGCUGAGAUGCUUUUUCCGUAUUUACAGAAGAUUAGGAAAACAAUUCGGUGUGAAUGGAAAUGCUAAUUUCCAACAACAAGUAACGGAAUAUUUCCACGAAUAUAAGAAGGCAAUAGUCAAUAAUGACCUCAGAAAAUUGAACAAGGUUUGCACAACACGAGUUUUGUCACAACAAAAGAAGGAUUCUAAGCAUCAUAGUGAAGAGAAGCACCACAUUGAAAUUUCAAAUAUCGAGAACCCCAAAGUUGUCCACUCAUACAUUUUGGACUUGCCUGGAAAUAAGGAAAUAGCGCAAGUAAUUGUGAAAAUGAAGGUCAACGAAAAGUUAUAUAGCAAGCAAGAUCUUCCUGGUGGUAAACAUCAAUUGAAUCUUGAACAAGAUCAAGAUAAUACCUAUUAUGUGGUUUUUGAAAAGCCUUUAGAUGACUUCUCUAAACAAUGGAUGCUUGCAGGAUUUAUCGAUUCAUCUUCCAAAUAUUUCGAGCCAACUGUUAAAGAGAUCAUGUAUGGAACUACAAUGAUGGGUAGUAAUGAAUAG